UAUAACCUAAAAUUUUGUCAACCGUCGUUGUAACAGGUAUUGACGUAGAGCUGUUAAAAGUGUCUUUUAUUUUUAUAGGAAAGAAUAUUAAAAAUACCAGAUUCAAAAAUGGAAUCAGCAGAUAUAACUGAAGAAGAUCUACUAAAAAAGCACAGACAAGAGAAAAAAGACUUACAAUCGAAAAUACAGGCACUAAAGAAAACUGUUCCUAAAGGUGAUAAAAAGAAAAAGAAAGAAAUAACUGAAGAAAUCGCAAAACUAGAAUUAGAACUAGAGGAAAAACACAGAAAGGAGCUUGGCGAAAACAAUAUUUGCUCAGAACCGCUCAAUAUUAGUAUGGAAAACGGCGAAGAAGAUGAAAGUGAAAUGACUGAAGAUCAAACAGUAGAAAAUGGAAUUAAUAGUACGCGUAUAUCUCGAGCGCAAAAACGACGAAAUAAAAAAGAACUCGAAGCAAAGGAAAGGGAAAAACGAAUUUUAGAGCAAGCUGAAAAGAAUAAAGAAGGGCCCAGAAUUGUAGAAACCAAUGCUAUUAAACAAGUGCUUAAAACCAUGAAUUUAAAACUUCACAAUAUUCCUGCAGACGGAAACUGCCUUUAUUUAGCUGUAAAUCAUCAGUUGCAAGUUACUGGAAGACCAACUAAGUCUGUAAAUGAUCUAAGGAAAGUUACAGCAGAUUUUAUGAGACAGAACAAAGACGACUUUCUACCAUUUAUGUGCAAUGAAUUAGAUGAAUCUGAAAUAGUUAGCGAGGAACAGUUUGAAAAUUAUUGUAAAGAUGUUGCAACAACAAAGUUAUGGGGAGGUCAGUUAGAACUGCGAGCUUUAUCUAAUAUUCUUACCUGUCCUAUUAAAGUUAUUCAGGCCGCUGGUCCUCCCACACUACAGGGUGAACAAUUUAAAGGUUCAGAACUGAUUUUGACCUACCAUAGACAUUUAUACCGCUUAGGAGAACAUUAUAACUCUACUAUACCAAUCACCGGGGACGAAGAUGUAUGAAAAUCACUGCCAAUAGCUCUAAUUAGGAAAUUUAAUAAAAAUAUAUGACAACUACAUGUGAAACUGAUUAAGAAGCGAUAAUAUUUUAAGUACAUUUUUUAGUGUAGUAUUAUAUACUUAUACAUAUAUUAUACAAGCUGAAAUAUGUAUGCAAAUAUACAUCUGAAAAAGUACUCAAUAAAGAUAA